CUUUCUCUACCUUUAAUUCCACGCACAGCUAAUACGUGGUCAUUUUUUAAAAAGUUACUUUGUUUAGAAAAUAUUUUAGAACUUAGCAGUCUGCUCAAACCUAGCCAUAAGAAAAAUGCAAACAGUCCUUUGGCUCCUGGUUUUCGCCGUUUCAUCAAAACUUUUAUUUGGGAAUGAAACCCAGUGUGGAGUUGGCGAAGAAUGCAUUUAUAAACAAUGGAUGUCUUGGCAACCAUGUACCGGAAGAUGUGGUGUUGAAGCACAGAUCAGACAAAGAGUAUUUUGCUGUCCUGGGAGCUUGAUGAAUAUUUCUGCAGCACUCCGUACUUUACAGUUGUGUACAAGAACAUGUAAAGCACCCAAAUACUAUCUCACAGAGGGUAGACACUGUCGCAAGUGUAUCAAUCACGGUGUCCUCAAUUACACGGCGAGGACUUGCUCUUGUCCAAAGACGUAUAAGGGAUUGUGCUGCCAAGAAAAUAUUAAAUGCAGCGAUCUCCCAUGUAAACAUGGUGUCUGCUACGACACGACCGCGGGUUUCAGAUGUGAUUGUGAGAGUGGCUACUCCGGCAUUGACUGCAGUGAAGACAUCGCGGAGGAAUUAGAAUUACCAAUUUGGUUACCAAAACUGGAAAUCGCCCUGCUGGCCGUAAUAUCUAUGACAAUACUGAUGACUAUGGGUUGCCUCUGUCUGAGAUGCUGUAAGCUGUGCGGGUGUUCAUCCUCAGAUGAUGACGAUGAGGAGGAGGAGCGAAGGAAGGCGAAGCCCAGAAAGAACCAUAGUCAAAUACCCAAAUUCAAAAGUGGCAAAUCAUUCGAUUUUUGAUUUUCCGAUUCACAGACUGGUCAUCUGUAUUCAUUAAGCAGACCGUCUACCAACUCAAUAUAUUUUAAAUUACAUGGAAAUACAUGUAAUGUCUGCAUGAUUCAUGUAUAUAUAUAUAUAUAUAUAUAUAU